CCCAGGCAUGAGAUGCUCCAAUCUGUGCUGCCCAUAUAUAGGCCACUACAGAGCAACAAGGGAAGUGCAAACAAAAAGCCUCAAAAGGGCAGACAGCCAAAUGCCCCACCACAGCGUAGCCCCUCCUCACUGACUCGCCUGCAAAAACCACUUGCAAACCACACAAACCGAAAACGCCAGCUCCCCUGCCUCCAUUUUUAGCAACUUUUCCCUUCUGUCUUCCCAUCACAGUCACCCUUCUUGCCCCCACGCAGCCGAGCGUGCCUACCCCUCCUCGACCCUUCUCUGGGGCCGCCGUUGGACGCUCAUGGAGAGGAGUCGUCCGGGCGCCGCGCCGACACCAUCGCCAGAGGAGGAGGUGGCGGCGGAGGGCCAUGCGCAUGGUGACGAUGUGACGGGGCAGGAGGAGGAGGCGACGCCAGUGGUGCUCAAGAAGGGCCCGUGGACGGCCUCGGAGGAUGCCAUGCUCAUGGACCACGUCCGGCACCACGGCGAGGGGAACUGGAACGCAGUGCAGAGGAUGACCGGCCUGCUGCGCUGCGGCAAGAGCUGCCGCCUGCGCUGGACCAACCACCUCCGCCCCAACCUCAAGAAGGGCUCCUUCUCCCCCGACGAGGAGCUCCUCAUAGCCCAGCUCCACGCGCAGCUCGGCAACAAGUGGGCGCGCAUGGCCGCGCACCUGCCCGGGAGGACGGACAACGAGAUCAAGAACUACUGGAACACGAGGACCAAGCGCCGCCAGCGCGCCGGCCUGCCCGUGUACCCGCCGGAGGUGCAGCUCCACCUUGCCCUCUCCAAGCGCUGCCACUACGACGACUACGACUUCCCGCCGCUCGCGUCGUCCCCGCAGCUGUCGGCGACGACGACGACCGAUGUCCAGGCGCUGGGCGCCGGGCCCGGGUACGCCAGCUCGCGCCCGGCGCCGCUCGACCUGGCUCGCAGCCAGCUCGCCGCGACGACGACCCAGCAGACGGCGCAGUUCCUCUCGCCGCCGCCCUUCUCGGCGCCGUCGUCCCCGUGGGCCAAGCCGUUCGCGCGGAACGCGCAGUACUUCCAGCUCGCGCACUCGUCGCCCGUGUCCCCGUCGACGCCGACCGGGCCGGUGCACCCGGCCAUGCCGGACCUGUCUCUCGGCGGCCACGGCGCGCGCGCCGCCGCCGCUGCCGACCAGAGCAGGCUCCCACCGCUCUCGCCGUCCCCCGGCCCCAGAGUGGAGCUCCCUUCAAACCAAUACGGCCAGCCGGCGCCGCCGACCUCGGCCGCCGCCGUCGCCGCCGGACUUGCGCUGCCGGAUCAUCAGAACGCGGCGAGCCUCGAACAGAUGCUGCAGGAGCUGCACGACGUCAUCAAGGUCGAACCGCAGGCGCUGGUCCCGGCCAGCGGCGGCGGCGCUGCACUGGAGCGGCAUGAUUGCGGAGUUUCAGUCCCAGAGAGCAGAAUCAGCGGCCUGCAGCGUCGGGGUGACGACAUGGACACGCUGUUCGGCCUGGUGCACCCAGCGCUCGGCGCGCCGGAGACGGCGCCGGCGGCCGCCGCCUCCAACCACUCCGGCUCGACCUCGCGGCACAGCACCGCCGACCAGAACCCGUCCACCGUCGGCAACAGCUCGCCGGACCAGGACUGGGGCCUCGACGGCGUCUGCCAGUGGAGCAACGUGUCCAGGAUCUGCUGAUCGCGUGCAAGAGCUGCAGGGGGGGGGGGGGGGGGGGGGGGGGGGGGGGGGUCGGCGUAGCCAUGCCGAAUCAUCGAUUAGGACACCCAUCCGACCCGAUGAUUCUGAGAAGGGCCGGAGACGGAAUGCCGACCUUUUCUUUUUUUUGCUUUUGAACAUUUCAGCCUGUCAGAUGCCAAGCAUCACGGACAAAUCUGUCUGUGUUCUGUUCUCCGUUCCUGACCGACUAGUUGCCGGCUCAAUCUCGAACUCAGCUGCGAUCGAAUCUGCGUCAGCGUCUCUAGCUAGCAUGUUGUUUUCCAGUUUCCCGUUCAAUUGACAUCAUCAAUCAA